AUCCGGGACCUUUUCCAGUUGGAGGCUGAAGGAGAGCGGAGGGAAGAGCGGCGCUCCGAUGACAGCUGUCACCGCGGACACAAACACCGCCGUCCUGCCCGCUUCGCCCCGCAUGGCUCUGCCCCGAUAGACGACACACACCCCGGGGAGAAACCUCCGCUUCCAUCGACGCCGUCGCCGAGGUGUUUGCCACCAGCCCGCCUGUUUCCCGCCUGUUUCCCGCCUGAUUCCAGCCUCACGCCUCGCUGAGACCGCUGAGCCGACAUGGGGACGCAGGGCGCCGGCAGGAAGAGGACUCCUCUGAAGGACCGCUUCUCAGCGGAGGACGAGGCUCUGAGCAGCAUCGCUCGGGAGGCCGAGGCGAGGCUGGCGGCCAAGAGGGCGGCCCGGGCGGAGGCCAGAGACAUCCGGAUGAAAGAGCUGGAGCGGCAGCAGAAGGAGCUGUCCUACCGUUCCUCCUCCUCCUCCUCCUCCAGCAGCAGGAAAUGGGGUCAGAUCCACCAGUGGAUGGCGGAAGCAGAAAAGGCCCGAGCCUCUAGUGGCAGCAGAGCCAGCAGCCGUCAUCACCGGCAGAGCCCGGACGACGACGUGUCGUCGGUCCGCAGCUACAGGUCGACGUCGUCAGCCGUACGCGACCUGAGCGCCAACAAGAGUCGGCCCGGCUCCCGCAGCAGGGACGUCCUGUCUGACGGCCUCUCCUCCAGCUCCCUGCUGAAGAGCUCCCGCUCCACCACGUCUGUGUACAACGACCUGCGUGGCCAUAAAAAGGCUUCCUCCUCCAAGAAAGGCCUGCUGACUGGACUCUACCACGAUCAGAGGAACUACACCAGCCUGACGAAGACCAAACCUGCUCCGCCCCUGACCUCCACCUCCACCUAUCAACCCCGGGCCUCCUCCUCCUCCUCCUCCUCCUCCACGGUGGGCGCGGGGCUGCCCCGCAGCUACAGCGUGGCCUCUAUUUACGACGACGCCGGCCUCUACGGCUCGGGCUACGGCUCCAGAGCUCCCUCUGAGAUCAGCUGGUACUCGUCCAGCUCCACCCGCAGCAGCCCUGUGCACUCCUCCUCAGACGACGACACCGUCAGCAGCGUCUCCCAGGAGCGCUGCCGCCGAGGCCGCAGGGACAGCGCGUCGUCCGACUUCUCGGACCUCAGCGAGUCGGCCGCUGAUUAUUUCAGCCGCUCCAACCGGAGGGGCAGCAUUGUGUCCGACCUGGACGAGCUGAGCAUCCCGGACCUGGACUCACUGGAGGAAAAAUGUGACAAGCAGUUUUCAGACUUUAGUCGGCCGUCGUCCCGCUGCGCCACCCCGGCGCUGUCAGCGGCCGCCCUGGCCACGCUGGGGGGGACGUCGUCACGCAGAGGAAGCACCGACACCAGCAGCGUCUACGACCCGGACACCAGUCUGGGGGAACUGCGGGAUAUCUAUGAGCUAAAGGACCAGAUUCAGGAUGUAGAGGGGCGGUACAUGCAAGGGCUUAAAGAGCUGAAGGACUCCCUCACAGAGGUGGAGGAGAAGUACAAGAAGGCCAUGGUGUCAAACGCGCAGCUGGACAACGACAAAGGUAACCUCAUCUACCAGGUGGACACGCUGAAGGACGUCCUGGAGGAGAUGGAGGAGCAGAUGGCCGAGAUGCGCAGGGAGCUGGACGAGAAGUCCAAGGAUCUGGAGAGACAGAAGCACACGUGCUCAGUCCUGCAGCACAAACAGGAGGAACUUAAAGAGGGAAUCCGUCAGAGAGACGAGCUCAUCGAGGAGGGCCAGCGAAUGCAGACUAAGUUAGAUGCCCUCACCAGAGAGGCGUUUGAUCUCCAGGAAACGAUAAACUGGAAGGACAAAAAGAUCGCGGCCCUAGAGAGGCAGAAAGAGUACUUUGAUUGCAUUAGGAAUGAGAGGGAUGAGCUCAGAGAUGAGCUCGCUGACAUCAAGGGGAAGUCCAAGGCAGGAGAGAAACACGGCCUGGUCAUAAUCCCAGAAGACAUGCCCAACGGCGACGUCAACCACGAGCCUCUCACCUCAGGAUUCACCGUGGUCACCCAGGAGGCCGCCCAGGUGCUGGAGUCUGCAGGCGAGGGCGCGCUCGACGUCAGGCUACGGAAGCUGGCGGAGGAGAAGGACGAGCUUCUGGCUCAGAUCAGGAAACUGAAGAAUCAGCUGGAGGAGGAAAAACAGAAGCACUCCAAGCUGGACGGUGCCUUCACAGACGGAGAGGGUUUGGAGAACGGUACAGAUCUACACCUUAUUGAGAUGCAGAGAGACGCCAACAGACAGAUUAGUGAAUACAAGUUCAAGCUUUCUAAGGCGGAGCAAGAAAUGGGUACAAUGGAACAAAAUAUCACCAGACUGGAAGGCCAGGUGGCGAGGUACAAGGCAGCAGCGGACAACUCGGAGAAGAUAGAGGACGAGCUCAAGGCGGAAAAACGGAGACUUCAGAGAGAGCUACGCACGGCUCUGGAUAAGAUCGAGGAGAUGGAGAUGACCAACAGCCACCUGGUGAAGCGCCUGGAGAAGAUGAAGGCCAACAGGAACGCCCUGCUGUCCCAGCAGUGAGGCCGGCCGUACGCCAGGCCCCUAAACCUCAGACCUCUGACUGCCACGCUGCGUCUUUUUCAGCUGUAACACUUGGAAAACGUGUAGCUAACCAAAAACACUUAAACCUUGUAGCAGAGGAAGCGAAUCGGGGACGUUGUUCUUGUUGAUUUGUGACGUUGGGAUUUGGUCUGGCAGCCUGCCGGCGCCUCGGAGGAACGACUCUGAAACCGAACCGGUAGAGGCGUGAAAGUUACUGGGAGAACCGCCGAGGAAACGCUCUUGUCUGCUUCAGCUUUUCAGACCUUUUGUAUCUGAUCCGGUCACCCAGGAGACUCUCCCUCCGGCUCGGCUCUGCUUUUCCACAGGUUGCAUGAAUGGGGGGGUCUAAUGAUGCUUUUUAAACGAUUAAAUGUCCUUGCUGCUCCGAGUCUGCACCUUUCCAGCUUCCCUUCACGCAGUGAAGUGCCUUUUCACUUUAGGAGACGGGAGAGGGGGGGGGGAGGUCUGCACCGCUCAGUGAGGCGAUAACUGUCUGAACAGGUACGGUAUGACGUAUUUAAAAUAAGAACGGGUGCAGUCGUGGUGUGAAAGUAUAAAGAAACAACUGUUUCUGCUGCA